UACUGGUUUCAUUUCGUACACGUGGUUUAGGCCGUCUAUCCAAGGUCCAGCAAGAGUUAUAUACGUUCUUAUUACAGAAUCUCUUUUGUUUAUAUAUAUGAGGGUAGCUGUGUAUUAUUUGAGAUCCCAGCCUGGUCUCAUUCUCCUCGUCCAACAUUUUUCUUGGAGCGCCUUAAAAUGACGAAAUCUCGAGAAAUACGCCCUCUGAGAUGGAUUCGAAGGGCACCAGGGGCAUGUCGCAGAUGCCGCAAGAGGAAGAUCAGAUGCGACGCAUCGAUCCAUGGGCAGCCAUGCAGCAACUGCCGACUAGAUGGUCGAGAUGACUGCGAGAUUUAUGUUAAGAACAUCAGACGUAGAUUUAGACCUUCUGCCCGCUGUCCGUGGCCUCAUCCAGAGAGUGCGCAAUACCAUGAUCGUGAUGUUCCAUCAACAGCAUCGGAGAAUCCGCUGAGGUGGCACAUAAGCUUUCCUCAUAUAUACCAGAUGGAGGCUACACGAGCAGAAAAGGAUCGGGGAAAUGAAGACAACCGUAACAUUUUCGGUUUAGAGCCUAUGGUGCUAUUAAAUCCUGAUCUUUUCGAUUCUGAGGAUAGAAACAGAAGUGAGAAAAAUAUGCCGGACACUCGACACAUGGGUAUACAUGAUUUAAUUGGAAUUGAGGAGAGAUCUAACGCUGCUGCUGGUCAAGAACCAAACUCGCCAUCGACAAUGCGUCAUACGCUCAAUGGGCAGACCAAGCACCAUGAUGCAGUCACAUCGUCCGUGAACCUUGACUUUUUGGACAUCAAACAUUUAUCACGCUGACAAGAUGCGUACAUUCCGGCUUUAUUAUCCAUUAGUAUCGUGACGAGGCCAGAUAAGGCUGAUCCGUCUAGUAAUAGUAACGUCGUAUAGCGUCAGAGAUAUUUUCCGCAUGCGGAACGUUCCCAGCGGACAUUGAUAUCAUUUACGGGGACAGUUAAUAUUGUAUAAACGGUAUCUCAA